AGAAACGUCAAAACAAAGCAUUUUGCGCGAGAUUCAUCGUUGGUGUACAUGUGUGCUUGUUUAGUGAGCGAUUUACGGUCGAAUUUAGUUACGUUAACUGUUGUAAACUAGAUAAAAUGUUCGAGAAUCAAGCUAUUCACACCGAGCACAAAGAUGUUAUACACGAUGUUGCCUAUGAUUACUACGGCCAAAGGAUGGCCACUUGUUCUAGUGAUCAGUUCGUGAAGGUUUGGGAUCAGAACGACAACGGGGUGUGGAGUGUCACAGCUAGCUGGAAGGCACACUCCGGUUCCGUAUGGAGACUCUCGUGGGCUCAUCCCGAAUUCGGUCAAGUGCUAGCGACAUGUUCCUUCGACAGAACAGUUUCAGUCUGGGAGGAAACUGUGGGCGAAAAGGGAUCCCCAACAAUGUCCCCGGUGAAACGUUGGGUUCGUCGUACUAACUUGGUUGAUUCUCGCACAAGCGUGACGGAUGUAAAAUUUGGACCUAAAUCCCAGGGACUGGUGCUGGCUACAUGUUCAGCCGACGGGAUCAUACGCGUUUAUGAAGCACCGGAUAUUAUGAAUCUUUCCCAGUGGACUUUAUCGCACGAGAUUUCAUUGAAGAUUCCGCUGAGCUGUCUCUCGUGGAACCAAUCAAUGUUUCGUCUUCACGCUCCAAUGAUUGCCGCGGGUAGUGAUGAUUCUUCGCAGAGUUCCGGUGGGAAGGUGUUCAUUUUCGAGUACUGCGAAAACACGCGACGCUGGACCAAAACUGAAACCAUCAACUCCAUUACCGAUCCCGUGCACGAUAUUGCUUUUGCGCCGAAUGUCGGCAGAAGCUACCACAUUUUGGCAGUGGCUAGCAAAGAUGUUCAAAUAUUUAAUAUAAAACCGCAGAUAACUUCCAGGGAUCCCACAUCGAACACACGAAUGGAUGUCCAGCCAGUCGCUCAGUUUGGCGAUCAUUAUUGCACAGUUUGGCGUGUAACCUGGAACAUCACCGGUACAAUGCUUGCGUCUACUGGAGAUGAUGGCUGUGUCCGAAUGUGGAGAAUGAACUAUUUGAAAAAUUGGCGAUGCGCAGCGGUUCUCAAAGCGGAAAACAGCCAAUCGCAGUCGCGACAGAAUUCCAUCACUCCAUCUUUGAAUUUGUCCAGCCUAGUAAACGCUACUGCAAAGUAUUACAAGCGUGGUACCAUCAGUCAUCCUAGCCAAAUCCGGAAACACUGAUCAAGUAGCGCGCAAUGAUUUUUGUUUCACCGUCAAAUUAUAUGAAGUGUAACACCUAAAACGUAAUAUUUCCAGGUCAGAUAUUUUCUGCUUUCUUUUAGGAAUAGUUUUUUUGUCUGGUAAGCUAAUUGGAAGAAUAAAGACAUUUCCUUGCAGUGUUA